AAACAAAAGCAUCAUCUCUCUCUCUCAUCUUUUAUUUUCUUUUCGAAACCAAACUUUGCAAAUCUCUCUCUCUCUAUCUCUCUCCAUUUGGCGAUAGAAGAAGUCAUGUACCAAUCAUCAUCCUCCACGUCAUCAUCAUCGCAGAGAUCAUCGCUUCCCGGCGGCGGAGGACUGAUCCGUUACGGCUCAGCUCCGGGAUCGUUUCUAAACGCUGUGGUUGACGAAGUCAUCGGAGGAGGGUCAUCGAACGCUCGUGACUUCACCGGUUAUCAACCGUCGUCAGAUAACUUCAUCGGUAAUUUCUUCACCGGCGCUGACUCAUCCUCGCUGAGAUCCGAUUCGACGACUUGUGGAGUCAACUCAUCCGAGGGACAGAAACAGCUAGGCAAUAAUAAUAAUAAAGAUAUCUUCCUGGACAGAACCUACGGUGGAUUCAACGAGAUCUCGCAACAACACAAGAGCAACGACAUCGGAGGAAAUAGCUCAGGAUCUUCUUACUCUCUCGCUAGACAACGUAGCUCUCCCGCCGAUUUCUUCACCUACCUCUCCGCAGAUAAAAACAAUUUCUCGUUGAACCAACCAACCAGUGAUUAUAAUCCGCAAGGGGGGUCUAAUGCGGGACGAGGACAUUCGAGAUUGAAGUCUCAGCUAAGCUUCACGAGUCACGAUUCUCUCGCUCGGAUCAACGAGGUCAAUGAGACCCCUGUCCCUGACGGUUCAGGCCAUUCGUUUUCUGCGGCUAGCUUUGGUGCUGCAGCUACUGAUUCUUGGGAUGACGGUUCCGGUUCAAUUGGAUUUACCGUGACUCGACCCAAUAAACGAUCCAAGGACAUGGACUCUGGUCUCUUUUCACAGUAUAGUCUUCCUUCAGACACUUCAAUGAACUACAUGGAUAACUUCAUGCAGCUUCCAGAAGAUUCUGUACCCUGCAAAAUCCGGGCCAAACGCGGCUGCGCCACCCAUCCUAGAAGCAUCGCUGAGCGGGAGAGGAGAACGAGAAUAAGCGGGAAGCUAAAGAAGCUACAAGAUCUUGUCCCCAACAUGGAUAAGCAAACAAGCUAUUCAGACAUGCUGGAUUUAGCUGUACAACACAUCAAAGGCCUUCAACAUCAACUUCAGAAUUUGAAAAAGGAUCAAGAGAAUUGCACGUGUGGAUGCAGUGAGAGACCAAGCUAGCUAGCUCAAACCCUAACGGUAGGGAUCAUCCUAAUAUUAUUUGCGUUGUUCCGAUUUUAUCAUAUGAGAGAAUUAGAGAAGAUGUAAAUAAAUAGAUUAUAUUAAA